AGGCGCCAUUUGCUCUGCCCUUGGUUUGCCCUUAAGCCGGCAGCGGUGCCCGCGGCGCGCCUCACCCUGCACGGGCGGCUGCAGGCGGGCACCGCGUCCCCGUCCCCGUCCCCAUCGCCAUCGCCAUCGCCAUCGCCGCACACACGGCCAGCGCCCAGCCCUGCGGAGAAGCAGGGGCAAGGGGCGGCCGGCUGCGCUCCUAAUAAAGCGCCCUAUAAAUAGGCUCCGUGCGCAGCCCUCGGGCUUUGGCCGCCGCGGCUCUGCAGGCGGCGCGGUGCAGCCCAGCCCAGCCGAGCCGAGCCGGCAGGAGAGCUGGGGCUGCCGCAGCCUGACCCCCAAGCAAGAUGCCCCGGGUGGACGCAGACCUCAAGCUGGACUUUAAAGACGUCCUGCUCAGACCCAAAAGAAGCAGCCUCAAAAGCAGAUCAGAGGUUGACCUCACGCGCACCUUCACCUUCCGCAACUCCAAGCAGACGUACACGGGAAUUCCCAUUAUAGUGGCAAACAUGGACACUGUGGGGACAUUUGAAAUGGCCGUGGUUAUGGCUAAACAUGCGAUGUUCACUGCAAUUCACAAGCAUUAUUCUCUGGAAGAAUGGAAGCUGUUUGCUGCCAAUCACCCAGAAUGCCUUGAGCAUGUAGCAGCAAGCUCAGGUAGCGGCAAAGCUGAUUUGGACAAGUUAACAAGUAUUCUAGAGGCCAUCCCACCUAUCAGAUACAUCUGUCUGGAUGUGGCAAAUGGCUAUUCGGAACACUUUGUGGAGUUUGUGAAGUCUGUCCGUGCCCUGUUCCCAAAUCACACCAUUAUGGCAGGCAAUGUGGUGACAGGAGAGAUGGUAGAAGAACUAAUUCUUUCUGGAGCAGAUAUUAUUAAAGUGGGUAUUGGACCAGGUUCUGUGUGUACCACUCGGAUUAAGACGGGGGUGGGCUAUCCCCAGCUAAGUGCUGUUAUUGAGUGUGCAGACUCAGCACAUGGCUUGAAAGGACAUAUCAUCUCUGAUGGAGGAUGCAGCUGCCCAGGAGAUGUCGCCAAAGCGUUUGGAGCCGGUGCCGAUUUUGUCAUGCUUGGAGGAAUGUUUGCAGGCCAUGACCAGUGUGCUGGAGAGAUUAUGGAAAAGAAUGGCAAGAAAGUAAAACUCUUCUACGGGAUGAGCUCUGAUACAGCCAUGAAGAAGCAUGCAGGAGGGGUUGCCGAAUACAGGGCUUCGGAGGGCAGAACCGUGGAGGUGCCGUACAGAGGGGAUGUGGAGCUCACCAUCCUGGACAUCCUUGGGGGACUGCGCUCCACCUGCACCUACGUGGGAGCUGCCAAACUCAAGGAACUGAGCAGGAGAACAACGUUCAUCCGGGUCACCCAGCAGCACAGCCAGGUCUUCUCAUAGCCCAGGACCGGGGAACUGGAGAGAGGGACAGGGGGAGAGGAGCAGGAAGGGCUGGUGUUUUGUUUUGCUUUCUCCUCCGUGGUGCAUUAGUGGCAAGUUCUCUUCUCUCUGCAGAUGGCAAUCUCAUAGCCACAAUGGCUGGGAUUUGGACGGGGAAGGUUGUGCUAUUAACACAGUGCCAUUGGUUCAAAAUGCAAUAGCCUCAUCUUUUAUUGUGCCUAUUUUAUUUUUUAAUCAUUUCUUCUCCUGUUUUUCCCCUCUGACAAACAGCUGCUGAAACCCCAGUUAACAAGGAAUUGGCUUGUACAGAUAUGUCUGUUGCACCUGCAUACACACAUUCCCUCUUUGAAGACUGACCUGUCAGCUACCACUGCUUCUGACAGUGCACCCUCCAGAAAUUGCAGGCUGGGAGAGAAAAAGAUGGAAGGGGUUGAGUGGAGGAAUCAAAACCCAAAUUGUCUUCACCUUCCCUCUGGCAAAAGAGUCGAUGUUUGUGGCAGGGCUGCCAGCCUGCAGAAUGUCAGAGGCCUGACUACGGCUAGCUUCUUACUGUGAAGAUAAAAUGCCAGAUCUCCACUCUCAGUUCACAGGGUUGGUACUGCCAUUUUUACUAAAUCUCCCUAUUUCAAUGGACCUUCCUCUUCAGGGAAGUUAUCAUUGAAUGUAGCAAACCCAUGUUGUCCUCCCUGCCUCCAUCCAUGGAGAUCAUUCAGGAGAGAGCAUCUCAGAGCUUGCCUGCUUCUUUGUGCACACCAUUACUGAAUUACCUGGGUUCCUGCUUUUACCUGUGCUCUGUGAUCAGAAUUUUUCGAGACAUACAACCCCAGCAACAGUAAACCCACCAAGGGGAGGUUUCUCCGCAGCCCUCCCUGCUCCCUCGUAUGUUUUCUGCCUGUUCCUGUCCAUUUAGCAAAGAUGUAAAAAUGCUGCACUGUGCACUGUCUGCGGCCAGGUGAAUGAGGUCGGAGAGAUCAAACUCACAUCUUACUUAUUUGGUACCACUCCUUUGCAGUCCUUAGCAUCGUGAAAAUCGAAAGGGAGCUGCCAGCAGAACAGCCUGAUUGCAAGACACUGGCAGGCUGAGACUGAGUUAAAACAUUUGCUCUAAAGGCAGUAAUGAAUGUUUAAGACUCUGGGUAACACUUUAAUAAAGUGCAACAGCCCACUAAUUAAUUGAUAAAUCACAACAAAACUUCUUUGGAAAUACACAUUGCAUCCACAUGAAUACCACAGUAGCUCGUUACGAUAAAGGAUGUAAAAGUGAACACCAAUGAAUUAAUAAUGUUUGGCCACUUACUUUGAAGUGCUGCUGAGAUUGUAGUACAGCUGAUGUUACUUCAGUACUUCAUUCGGGGGCUUACUUUCCCCUCCUGUAGGUAUCUGUGGAAAGAGGUAGGCUUCCUUUGAAAAGCAAAUGAGUAAUCUGUAGGAAGAGGAAUAGCAAAGAGACUCUCUAGAAUUAGGCUCAUAUGCAGGACUGCCCAAAAAGCCAUGCACAAGGAUUGGUAUGAUCAACCAUUCUGAGGAGCAAAUCUAGGCCACAAAAUGAUCCCCGAUGACUUUUAAGUGUGUUGUGCACAUUAGAAAAGGCACCGAAGGUCUUCUAAAUGGCCUCAUCUUUUAAAUGUCUUCCAUUAAACUCGUAGGACGUAGGUCUUAAUUGUGGUGUGACCCCUUCAUCUGUUUUGGAGGUGAAUAAGGGCCUUAAUGUGAGCACAGGUUAUGCUUGUGCUGGCUUUGAGGACCAUUUGUCCUGCCCAAAUCUCGUAAAGGAACCUGAACUCAGAGAGAAGCAGGCCCUGUGAGUAAAGGGUCUGAUCGCUGCUCCCUCCAGCCUGGAAGCAACAUGUUAAGAAGUUGCCUCGCUUCUUUACCACAGACGCCCCGGUGGGCCAAAUCCUGCUCUUACCCUCGCUGAGCCCGGAGUACAGGCGGUGUUACUGCUCUGCACCUGUACAACUGCAGCGGGUCACGCUUCCCUCAUUUACACGACGUGCAGUGCAGGGGUACAAAGGCAAACGAACACCUCCGCGAGGAGCAGGGGGCAGCCCGUGCCAGACGUCACGGUGCAGCCUGACCACAGGUGUGUCUCCACACUCGUGCCUUCACACGUGGGAAGCGCAGCAGUCUGCUGGUCUCACACCUACUCUCACUAUUGCUUUUCUACUUUUUUUUAGCUGCAUUUGUAAACAAAAGUACAUAUACAUAUAUAUAUUUGUAAACGUUUUUCUAAAAAGAUCAUAUGCACAUUGAACAGAACAGCUUCAUGACAUCUCUUUGGAAGAGUUUCUUUUCCGAAGGGCAGGCGCUGGGGGCAAGGGAGGGCUGCCUCUCCACAGGGCUGACAAGCAUAGAGUCUUCUCCCUGGCAAACUGCACACUUCCAUGGCCAGCCUGGCCUAGGGCCACUCACACCCACUUCCCUGUCCCUUUUGCACAUACCUCUGUCUACCCGCUGGCUAAUCUGAACGGAUGGGGAUAGGCUGACCUUAAGAAGUGCCCUGAAUUCUCCAGACGGUGAAUGACAUUGACACUAAGAAUGGUGACUGGUAAAGCUUGAACUUAGGGUAUUUGCUUUUCUCAAUAGCAGCUGUUACCACCAUUUUGAUAAGCAGCAUGUGUUCUAUUUUGUUUUCUCUUUCUCCAGCAUCAGCAGGAGAGAGAAAUCAGCUGCAGGAAAGGUAAACUGAUAGCAUGUCUGCAUCUUGCCCGUGGUUACACAUGGGUUUUGUUCAGAGACAAUGCUCAACCAAGUCAGCACUCACUACUAACACUCAAAUAUGCAGCUUUCAGACAGGUUGGAAAACAGAAAAAAGUCAAAUUUGAGCCCUUGUUUAACAGCCAGUCCUGUGCCUCAGUAGUUGCCUUUAUUGUCUCUUAGCUGCAGAGCUGUGCCCUGCUCAAGCCCACUGCCACUCUCACGAGAAACUGGAGCAGAGGGUGCUGAGGGUGCGCUGUGCCUGGCAGGAUGGACCAUGCAAAGGCCAGAAACACUGGCAAAUGCCAUGUGCCAUUUGCAGAUCUACCUCACCUGCGCAUUUUUCCAGGUUUUUCUGUAAUUUGCUGUCCCGUGGAACAUCCUGUCCCAUUUGUAAGAGCUUAGUGUCAGGUGAUUCUGCUCAACCUGGUCUUCUUUAAGCCUGCCACCCCAGGCCCAUCCUGUCUCCCCGCUACAGGAACACUGUGAGUGUGAUAAGGGCUGCAGGCCAAGCUCGUGCCUGCUUUCCCCAGAUGGGCACUUGCUAAGCCGAGCACCCAAGGGCAGUGUUGAGGACCGCAGUGCUUUAACUGAAGACACCAAAAACCUGUCAGCGGGGAUGCCGAAAAGGGCCGUGUUACAGCAUUCAGACAAGCCCAGCUGAGCACAUCCAUCGCUGGCAUCUUGAAACACGAGACCACCUAAAAAAAUCCCAGCCUUUCCCAGUCAUACUGGGGUGUCACCACCGUGCAGGGCACGCUGCACCCCCUUACUUGGGGACAAAGGGCUUGGCACAGCGACAGCUGUAUGCACCCACAGGGUGCACUUGGGCUGUGCUCUUCUGUGCUUCUUUCUGCUCACCUCUGACCUCAGAGGGGGGUUGAAUGUAGGACGUGGGCCACCCUGUAAAUACGAGGUGUUGUAAGCAGGGGCAGGAGGAGCCUCUGCUUGCAUUUGGAGGAGUUUUUCCUAUGAAAGUGAGCCUGUGUCUUCCUUUCUGCCAGCCAGUUGCAGGGGUGGAAAGGACUGGGGGUGAAAUAGAGAAAGGGCAGCAAUUAGCCAGGCCCCACCGUGUCGGUACAGGGGCUCGUGUUUUUCAGUCAUGGACACUUGGAGUUUGAAGCCUUUUCUGAACCAAGCACUCCCUCUGUCAUACCUGAUCAUACCUACGUGGUUCCACCGCUUUGAGCAGGCUUGCUGCCACAGCUUUCUGCCAGUGUACGUCCAGUGUCUGUCCACCAUUGCCUCCCAACCCCUCCGCCCAGGGAUGCUGCUUUUUAGUGGCCAGUACCAGUUUUAUACCACAAGUUCUCUCUUGGAGCCAGCAGGGCUUUUGCAGCCAAUGCCAGGAAGAGCAAGCCAGGUUUAGCCUUGCUUGUGUAGGAGAGAAAAAAAAAAAAAGCCAAUGCCUGAGAAGCUUGCCUUCUGCAGCACCCAGCGAGCUGAGGGCAGGAGAGGGCAGGGGCCGGAGGGGCUGCAGCAUUCCUGGGUCAGAUCAGAUGCUGGCACAGCUCCGCACCCCCUAAACACAGCAUUUACCUGACACGGUGUUUACUGUUAGUGAAGUUUUCAUACGUGGCUAAGUAAUUCAGAGUCCAAAACUCCGUGGUGUUGCCUGUGAUAAUUGUAAAGCGCUUCUGCAUAAUCAGCCAAAAAGAGUUAACGAGCCUUAGAUGUCUUCCUGCCCCACUCGCACUGCUGAGGUGGUGAUGAUGAGCGCUGUCUCCCCUCAUCUGUAGCAAACCCGUGUAUGCAACGCCUCCAGCGCAAGUGGCGCAACCAUUUAAAGCGUUCGGAAGUUGUAAGUGGAAAGUUUUGUUAUGCAAUAAAAAGCUUCACUCUGAUGGUCUGGAGAGGGUUUUAUGCCGUGUAUGGGUACACUCCUGCGUCGCUGCAAAUGAAUGCAAAUGUGCUAAAACACAUUGCCAAGGGGCAGGAGAAAUAAAUUGGACAAGUUACCUCCAGGGGAAAGCUAUCUCGCGUUCAGCUGUAACUCAUAAAGACAAAACACGCGUUUGCAAUUGGCACUGUUAUUUUAUUAGUACGAGUAUACUGAAACAAUAAACUUGUACUGGUAUACAGACAAUUUCUUUAAAACAAUUUUGUUCAAAUUUUGAAUCAAACAUUGUUUUAUUAUAAUAAUGAAAUAAUUUCUACCUAGAAAACCUGCAAGCACCAUCAAAGAAAGGGACCAUAAAAUUCAAUAAACAGACGCGAGUGUAUCCUACAAAUAGACACACCACCAUUAGAAAAUAGAAUAUGAAUUCUUCCAUUUUUUUUAAUAUUUGUUUUAAAAAAGCUAGUGCAAGUACAAUAUUUUACACUGGAAUUACAGAGAGUAUGCACGCAUAUGGAAAAAAGUUCUCCUGUCACAAUAAAAGCUCUUAACUAUGUCUGUAUGCACUUAAAAUCUUCUCCUCUUUUCAAUAAGGUGCAAAACGUUAUUCCCUCCCUAUUUCUCCUUUGUACUGGCCAUGUCAGCUCAAUUUCUCCCCAACACAAAGCUGCAAUAUCCCUUUUGCUGGGCCUACACUAGGAACUACACUGGAAGUGUGAUUUGCAUCAACCCUCAUUAAUAAUACCAAAUGAGAAAAAAAAAAAAUAAAAAAAAAAGACCUUAAAAAAUUACUGCUGAAGAAUGGCUAAACCUUAUCCCGGCAAGGCCUCUCACCGAGUGCCUUUGCGAGCCGGCCAGCCCAAGCCCGCCGGCUGCCAGGGACGGUGACAUAGCUAGUACAAAAUGAUUUUCAGUAGCUCACCCGAACUGAAAAAGGUUGGGAAAUCCCCACCCGUAACCCACCCCUCCCACGCCCCCCACCCCCCCCCUUUAACACUGUGAAAAGAACAGUGUUCAACAAGUUAAUAUAUUAUUCAAAAAAAAAAAAAGAGCAAAUACAUACAUUAGUGAGUUUCAACAUUAGCUGACUGUCGUAAGAAGUUGUAUCUAUGCCUUAACAGAUUAGUAACUUCGCUAAGAGGCCAGCCCGAUGGCCAGACAGAAGACACCAAUGUAGCCACCCCCGGCCCGUUUUCGUCUUCAGCUACCCGGAUCCCAACCCCAUGGCUCGGAGAGGAGUUGUGCAGAGUGCGUUCGAAGGGAGAGCAGUCGGGUCCUCGGCUCUUACAGCAAGCCCCAGGGCGGGAUCCCCGCCUCGGCUGGUGUCGCAGGGCAGAGCCGCGCCUCCCCGCGCUCCCACACCGGCCGAGAGUCCGGGCCCUGAAGUUUUUGCACGUCAGCAAUCCAGUAGUACAGCAACGACAGCUUCAACGAGUGACUAACGCCUACUGCAAACAACACUUCCAAUGCAUGCCUACUGCAUGGUCGAGGGAAAGGGCGCAGGAGCUUUGACUGCUCAAAAUAGAAACAAACUGAAAAGAAACAACCUUGGAUGAAGCCUCCAUAAAAUCCUCAGUGGAAGACUUGAGUCCUUUCAGAUAACAAGAAGAAAAAAACUACAGAAACCUUAGAGACUGUUAUUGUAUAAAUACUACCUAUUGGCUGAAUGCACUUCAUUGUAAUACAACCGGGGCCGCUCCUCCCAGUGCCCGGGGCCGCCUGGAUGAGAGCCGAGGCCGGGGUCACCGCUUCGCCCUGCCGCCGACCGCCAGCUGCCCAGCUCAAUCUUUGGACUUAGAAAAAGACCCUCUCCUCACAAACUGCUUCGGGAUCCUCUCUUUUGGCUUCUGGAAAACACCGGUCUCUCAAGCAACCAAGACCGCCACUGGAAAGCUGCCUCGGGUGCCUGCUCCCCGGCAGCUCUGAAGGAGGCCGCGGGGAGAGGGGGCAGUGGAAGGGGCUCCAAGGCCGCCUUGCCUCGGGCAGGGCCCUGCUGUCGGCCCUAGGCUAGGAUCCCUUGUUAUAAACACUUCUUGCUCAGGAUUAUACUCUUUGGGUUUCGUAUGGAACAGGAAGUGCUGAAAAAACGUGGGACAGCAUCACAGGGAGAGGAAAAAAAAAUUGGGCCAAAAGGCUUCAGGCGGGAGCCGAGCGGGCCGUGCGCGGCCAGCAGCGGCUCUCGACCAAAGGCAGGGCUGCUGCUGGGCCGGGCAUCGCCGAGGCCUCCCUUGAAAGCAGCCUCGUCCCUCGGCGCAGGCAGGAGAGAUCUAAAGCCAAAACCCAGCUGCAGAGCGAGACUCUAGGUUUGCACAGUAGCCACCCUUUGAAGUGCCUGGUAGCUGCACUCAGGAAUUGCUGCUCCAAGGUGUAUUUUCAGCACAGGAAUAAACAGUGUGAAAGCAUGACUCCAUUCCCCAGAAAUGGGACCCAGAAAUGUAAUACGAACAGAAAAUUAAGCACAGUUGUUCUUUAAGAGCCUUUUAAGUAAUAAUUCUUCCUGGCCAAAGCCAAUACAAAUCAGAUCAUCUAGACAUGACAAUUUCUAUAUACAAAAAACAUGUAACUUUCAACCUUUCUCUGCUUUUGUAUUUAAAAAUUUUUUUUUUUUUUUUACAAACAAGGUAUGAAACUCACUGUUCAAACAGAGCCAUCUCUUUUUCAAACACUGAAUGAAUCAUUCCAACAUUCAUUUUUCUUUUGUGCAAUUUUUUAAAACAUUACCUGUACUCCUCAAUGUGAGUGCUUCAAAAAAAGUUUCUAUUUUUAAUAAGCUUCUCAAAUUAGGUUUACAUCAAAAAAUAUUCCCACAAGAUAUAGUGCUACAAGAAAAGAUCCUAUCAGUAAAGGUAACACAUCUGAAGCGAGGUCGUCUAUGUAAAAGAAAUUGAACUCUGGAGUAGAGGUGUGCAACUUGUUUGGAAUUUCCCUAUCGACACAGAACACGACACUGUCCUCGGGACAGGAAACCAAGUGGAUGUGUAGGCUUACAAAAUUCACACGUAUUUAUUCAUGUGCAAACUGACACUUCUGCCUGGCUGUGUGUGCACGUAUGCAGAUCUGCAUCAACAAAUUCUCAUUUUUCUAUUGUUUCAGGACUUUGGGGGCGGGGGGGGAGGUGGAUAAACCAGAGAGAAGAAAAUGACCGGCUGCACUCCAGCGACACGUUCACCCCCCUCACUUUUCACAUCAGCACUGGCCAGAGCCCCAGGCAGACUCUGCUGUUACCUGUGAUGAUGGGGAGGGAAGACAUGGAAAUUACCUGUACGAGUGCAUGCACCAUUUCGCCAUUUUUUGGCGUUCAUGGGAUAGCAGAAGUGUUUCAACAGGACACAUCCCCCAGCGCCCCCGGGGCAUCCCACCCUGGUGAACCUGGAUGAAACCCCAGGGUUUUCCAGCCACCUGAGUAAGGUCAGAAUCUGGCCCUAACCGAACCAGGCUUCAGUUUCACAAAGAUUUAUACGCAUACUACACAGAGAGCUCCCGAGCCUCCCGGCUGCUUUCGCCGGCCAGCUCAGGCCUUUCAAUGAGCACACGCAUAAGUGUUUGCAGAGCUGGGGCCCAGGACGCACAGAACGCUGUGCCAAGAACCCCUCUUUGAAAUAACACUGUUAGUGUUUAAAAUAAAGAGGAUUUGCUCUCCUUGAUACAGACUUUUUCUUUUUUUUUUUUUUUAGCAGUUGCAAGUCUGAACAGAAUUUCACCGUUUCCUUUUUAAUAUUGGCAACACACUUUAAGUGAAACAAAUCUCUGCACAGAGUGAAUUUUCAUGAUAACCAACAGCUACAGUUCACGCUGAGCCUGCUGCUUUUGUAUUGCAAUCUAUGUGAUAUCUACAGAGUUAAACCAUGAGAUGCAGGAAAUCCAAACUCGUCUGUAACAUUGUACAUCCCUACUCCAGAGCAGUAAAAGUGCUGCUUCUGGUCACAUCAGUGUACCACACAUAUGCCAGCCCCAUCCCUGAGUAAAAGGUGUGAAAAGUUUCUAAAUGUUCCUUGAUUUAGGGAAACGAGAGUAGUGAUGUCACUUCCCCACGCCGAGAAAAUGACGGAACGACAGGUCGAACAAAGCGACAGCGGGACGAAGGAAUUGAAGGAAUCAGAGGAACAUCCUACCCCCCCCCCCCCCCCGAGGUCUGGUUUGUCGGGGGAAAAAAAUCCCAACAGCAACGUACAAAAUCCAAAAGUAGGUCAACAGCAACUCCAAUUUGGGUUUCAACUGCAGGACUUGAGGUAAGUGACAUCAAACUCAAAUUCCCCUUGAUGUGGCCCAGACAAACUGAAACAAUGCCUAAGUUAAACACUAUAAGGAACAGUCAUUUUAUAUAUAUAGAUAUAUAGAUAGAUUAGAUAGAUAGAUAGACAGAUAGAUAGGUAUUUUUAGAAAUCCCUAUAAAGAGGUUCUCGUUUUAUUUUCUUCGCCCUGACUAAUUUCUUGGUGAUUGUAUGCAUUUCAUUGUAAACUAAACAGGCCUGCUACAAAAAGGAAGAAAAAAGAAAAAAAAAAAAAAAGAAAAAGGAAAGAAAAAAAAAAAAAAAUAGACCAAAAGUAAACAAGUGAAAAGGGAGCCGGACCAGGCCACGCGUGGACGCCCAGAUGCGGCUCGGCCCCGUCGGGCGGGCACGGAGCGAACAACGAGCGGCCCCACGGCCGCACGUGGCCCCGCGGGGAAGAGGGCUCACAUUGGCAAAAUCCCCCCCUUGGAGACAUAAUGAACCCCGAAACUCCUCUCUUGGUGGUGGUGGUGGCGGGGGGAAGCUUGGAUUAGGCGCUUUUUAUCUUCCUGGAUCUAAAUUUUUAUUGUUUUUUACAGCGCGGAGGCCAGGGUCGUGCUUCUCGAACACGCAAGGCCGAGCCAGGCCUUUGCUUCACGCACCACGCUCACUGAAUACAAAAAGGGCUGGUGUUUCCCGGGCCAAGGAACGCCUCACCCUCGAUACGUUUCUUUUUUAUUUUGGGGGGGAGAGGGUUAUUAAUAGGAAAAAAAGGAAGGAAGGAAGGAAAAAAGAAACUAUUCAAAGAGAACAAAAAGGGGAAACCAGAAGAGGGUAUGAGAUCUAGCUAACACCGCACGGGUGAGUCUACGUUGGCACGUAAAGUAUUGCACAUCCUACGAAAGCCAAAGCAUGGAAAGGGACGAUUGUUGGGAAAGAACCAGUUAUUUCAGAAUUCCUCAGUCUGAAAUACAAGCACAGAACUAAUACAUUCCUAUUGCUCCAAACUUAUUUUUUUAUUAUUAUUAUUUUUUAUUUUUUUUUAGUGUUAGUUGAAUAGAUCCAGUCAGUUUAAUAGCCCCUGCUUCCUUAUUAACCACGAAUGUGAAUGCGUAUGGUUCUCUUUGAGAUUUUUUUUUCCGAGCACGUGUGAAUUACGGAAAUAGUGGUACGAAUGCAAACUAAAAUCUGUAAUUCUUUCUAUUCCUUUACCAUCAAAGCUUAAAAACAAAACAGGAAACAAAACAAAACAAUAAAUUGCAAGUGCCCUGAGCAGAGUAUAUGGAAGAUUAAGCAACUUCUCUGAGCAGAAAUAUUAACAAAUAAGCACUAACUAAGCAGUGUGACUGUGAGAAGAAACCCACUCAGCUAUUUGGUAGCCCGCUGAGAGGUUAAUAAAAUUCAAGGAAAUUCAAGAAAAGUUUCAAGCUAUUUUAAACGUAUUUAAACUUUUUGGUGCACCCCAGAAUAUGGUAUAAAAACAAUUAGUUCUGGUGUGAGCUAAAUUUCAAGUAACAAAUAACAGAGUCAAAGCUGGGGUUUGGGGUUAACAUUUCUUUUCUUAAAUAAAAGCACUGUAUUUUAGGGGAGAGGGAAAAUGAGAUUUUAAAUAAGUUUGUUCACUUUAGGUACUGCAUUUCUAAUCCAGAACUUUUAUUUCCUUUUCUCCCUAUCAGUACAGCUUCUUCAAAACUACCUGAAGGACGCGAACUCACCAACCAAAAGUAACGAUGUGAACGCUUGAUCGCGUAGGGCCCAAGCUAAAUCCCACUGUCAUCAAUGAGAUCCCUGUUGGCAGCAAGAGGCUUUGUAGCUCAGACCUGAAGUACUUAAUACUCACACCUCCCCAUGACUUUUCGGGAGGCUUGGUGCACAGCACCUCAAAGGAUCCGGCCCUACCUGGGGAAACAAAAGACUGAACGGCGUGAAUACCCCCCGAACUUGUUUUGUACCAAACUCUUAAAUCUAGUCUUUCAAAUGGAAAACAAUGCAAUUAAAAUAACAAAUAAUAAUAAUAAUAAAAUAACAAUAGGUUUGUUUUAAAAACAAACAAACACCUUGCUUAUGUAUAGAAAUGUUUCUUGUGGAAAACUCUCUCAGCAAGUCUGAAGACAAAUUCUCAGAGCUGUCCCGGUAGGACCUGUGUUAGGUUCUGUGUGGCAGAUACGGUAGAAAGACCGAAAAUGAACUUUGAAAGGAACAAUAACCCUAUGAAAUGGCCUAGAGCGUAGGCAGGUUAGUGAGUAAUUGCUACAUUUGUUUAUGCUCUUUCAGACCCCCCCCAACCCAUAACAUUAUUAGGUAAAAACUGCAGGAAUACCACACAAAUGAUAAACUCAAGAUGUGCAAAUUG